AAGGCACGCCCAUCUUGGCCUUCAUGGUCUCCUGUCACAGGAACAGCAGCACUGAGCAUACAAUGGAGGCAGCGGAGGGCUGGUCUCCUGUCUCUGCCAUACUGCACGCCGGCCAGCGCUACCUGUGCCUGACCCGGCUCCCGGCUGCUGGGGGUGGUGUGCAGCUACAUAUAACAAAUGGCAACGAAGUGUGGAGAACGGACCCAAUAGAGGAGGCCCUGGAGGAGUGGUCAUCGCAACCAUUAGUAAGUGCUGGGUGGAGGCUUUGCCGACUGUUCCGUCUGAUGUUUCUUCUUUCAGGAUGCCGCUCGCAGGAUGACCUCACAGGAGCUGGUGAGCAAACUGCGGUUCGUACGUUGUUUCUUCACAGGGAAACGUUCCAGAACCGAGCCCCAGUCCUAGAGAUGCAGGGCAGCCUGGCUAGCCUGUCUAUCCCGUCAGAUUCUGGGAAUGUCGCCCUCGAUCUUACCAAGCUUCCCGUGUCGGAGGCGCGAGCACACGUGCAGGAGGCGCUGUUUGAUUUGGCUGAUCGAGUGAGGGGUUUGGAGAAUCGACUUAAAGCUGCGGAGGGCAGCGUGUCCGCGUCUGUGAGUCCAGUGAAGCAAUCUGAAAGGAACCACUUAGUACAUAUCCCAGAUGUCGAUGCUCGGAUGAAAGGGUACGGGGGUUCCGUCUCCCAGGCGAAGAAAAGAGUUCCCGGAGAGUCACUCAUCAAUCCCGGCUGUAAGAGUAAAAAAGCAGCCAAAGGGGUUGAUUUUGAGGAAUCCUGAUUGAACUUGUGUUGGCGGACACAGAGAGGACUGCAAGAUGGAUGAAGCUGGUAGUAUCUUGGGCUGUACCAGGAGUGGCUGAGAUGAGGUUCAUUUGUGGAUCAACGCUGCCACCUACAGACACUUCGGUGAUACUACAACUUGGAUAAUAGAACUCAUUUACUUGGAGCCCAUGUUUGAUGAUUAGGCCGUAGUAAUACGUUUUUCCAGCCGUUUAUACACUUGGUAUAUAUACCACCAGCUCGGUCCAACCAAUUUUCCCUGAUGUAUAAUGAAUCCUGACCUUAAUGGACAUCUAUUUUAAACAGGCAUUCUAGGCCUCUAACGCGAAUGUCACAUACAAUGUAAUAAUGUAACUUCAAGGAUGCGUUAUAUGACUACAAAUGGACUUUCAGUUGCUUGGGCCUAGUAAUGCGCAGCAGUAGCUUAUACGCAGUGGUGGCGGCGGCCAUUUUGUAAGCUGUACCAACAUCCACCCAAUGUCUUCACUAGAACCUAGUGACACCGCUGUGUAGAGGGCACCAAUAAUCGAGUUUAAAUAGAUUCAGAAAUAUGACCACAAUACGAAACUGUGACCAUCGCCUAUGCAAAGGAGAUUCCUCCAUUUUGUGGGUUUUCUCUAGUGCGGAAUAUUUUUUUCUGCCCCCCAAAAAGUUGACUUUAUUUUUUAAAUAUAAUUUAACCGAAUGGUCCAUUAGAUUGAAAUACAGAUUUUAUAUUGGGACAAUGUGCAUUCCCGGCGCUAGAUAUUUUUUUUAACUUUCAUUUUAUUAAAUGUCUGUGUCACAGUUACUGGUUUGCAUGAGCUGGUGACCAACAGCAACACUGGAAAGUGUAUAGGCAUGAAUUGGAAUAUAAUUCGUAUCUUUAUGAAGUCCGGCGCAUGGGGAAAAAGUUGCGGCAACCAGUAGCAACCAAACGUCAAGGAACUUUUUUUUUUUUCCUUCUAGCUGACAGGUUGCUAUGGCAAUGCACACCCCCCCCGCCACACACAAACACACACAUACUUGCCCGUCCUUCCUUGCUUGCCGACCCUUCCCCUUUGUACACAACUGAAUUAAAUGGCGACUUUAAUUGGUAAACCACCAUUAUAUUCCCAGAUGGUGCCACACAACCUAGUUCAGGGAUCUCUGUGAUCACCAGUACAAUGUGGUGAUCGAUCUUUAAGAGAUGCUAUUUAAUUAGCAUAUUGUAUAUGUCAUUAUUUAUCAUUUUUCAAUAAAAUAAAUAUAGUA